UAAAUAAAUAUAAUUAUUUUGGGUAAAGGGGUCCCUUUCUCAUUUGGUCAUCAAGUUGCUAAUACUUUUUGUUAAAGCUACAUUGCUCAACUUUUCUGGCAGAGGGUCCACCACCUGCUUGUCACCACGGAGAUGUUAUUGCUUUGCCUGGAAUGCAACAUGGAGGGGUCCAUGGACAGCUUGUAUGAGGCGGUGCAGAGUUCUGGAGACCCUCCACAGCCAGUCCCGAACAGAGCCUCCAGUCGCCCCUGCAGCCGGACCGUGAGUCGCUCCGGCAGCCCUGCAGUUCUGCUUGAAGACAAGAAGAAAUGGAGAGGAUCUGGGAGGUCUAUUUCUAUGGACAUGCCUCAGAUGAACACUGCCACCUCCAACAAAAAGAAAAGAAGCACACAAAUAUCCAAAUCCGCAUCAGACAAUGAGGCUUUUGAUAGUCCAGGCUGUAAUAAUGCAUCUGCUUGGCAACCAGCCAGAAGUCAAGAAGAUUUAAACCAAACCCUCCACCAUCACAAUGAAGAAAUGAAAAGGAUAAAACACAGAACAGAAAACAAAAGAGGAAAGGGAGCGCAUCAUACCGGCUCAAAGAAAAAGGAGAAGCCUCCUUCAAGUCAGAGCAAUGGUCACGAUUCAAAAAAUACAGUCAAAAGAGGCCAAAAGAGUGGGAAGAAGCCAGUUACAAAAAAUGGGAAGGAUGGGACGAAGAAGCCACAGAACUCCAGAGUGCAAUCUCCACCAGGUGCCAUGAGCCCCCUCACUGGGAACUUCCUGGAUGUACAGUACAGGUGCGACAGAAGACCAUAUUUGGGCAAAUGCUCCACACUUCCUGCUCAGGAGAAUAACACCCAUAAGCGAGGUCUGGAUAAAGUCAGUCUUCCCGGGGGAGCAACACCCACCCAUGCCCAGCGCUGGAGUAACCCCGGAGAUGCCAGCCCCCUCUGGAGCAGCGUCCCCCACACCUGCCACAGGCCCCUCACAGAGUACAGGGCUCUAUCUCAGGACCUCACUGUACCACCAGAGAAGGACUGGGACCAGCGCCAGGAGAAGCUCGGACUCUCCCAGGACAGUAGCCUCAAACGGGACAGUAGGCCUCAACUUCCUCCCAGAGUGCCACGGUCCAGUACUGAUGUGGAACUGACCCAAGGAAAUGGUGCUGUGGUCAUCCUAUUUCCUGCGGAGGCUGAUCUCAUCACAGAUUGA